AUGUCUGCCUGGUGCUCUCCCGGGGGAGCCGGCUCAGUAGUGAUCCCUGAGCAUCGCCGAAGACGCUCGGAUAGGCCCACGACAGGCGGUGCUGCGGUGGCAAAGGCAACGCUGGACGCCCUCUCACUGUGGGCUGAUGAGCUGAAGAGCCUCGUGGAGAUGACAGCAUACGGCUUGCGGGAUGCUGCAGACGAAAUGGGUAUUGGAGAAGGGACUGUCAGGGCAGUUCACGACGUGUACUCAGACCUUAAAAGCCGGAUAGAGGAUGGAGCGUCAGCGCUUGGAAUAGACACGGCGGUCAGCAAAGCACAAAGCACGCUGACGCAGGCUGCUGAGGCAUCAAGACUUGCUGUAGCGGAAAUACAACGAGAGGUCCGUGGCUUCUUAGAGGACUCGGAAGUCGUGGACCUUACGGGCGCAUCAGCUACCACCGAAGUGCGCAGGGAGCAAAAUCCACUGCUCUCAUCUAGCCCUGGACACAACGCAGAUGUCCCAGAAGCGGUCAGCGAUAACCAACGGGAACACGACGUGCAGGAGACGAACGGUGAGAUUGAUGCAGGAAGCAGCCAAGGCCAGGAGUGA